GUAAAAUACAUUAGUUCGUAGUUAAACCAUUUUUGUUUGUAAUAAUACCAAAAAAAUUGAUGCUCACUUCGCUGACGCUUUUAUUUUAUAUUUGUUGCUACCCGCAUCUGCGUGAUUUUAGGUUUUUUCAAUAACUCCCCGGGACCUCUUAGUUGUCCUUUCCCGGGUGCAAGGUACUCGUACCUCUGUAAACUGUUAAAAUCGGUUAAACGAGGGGUCGUCAAAAGCUAGCAGACAGACAGGUUAAGCUUGUUGUUUCUUGUGAAAUAAUUGUCCUUUUCGUACAUAUGAAGUAAUCGUCUUUUCUUUAAGAUGUACUGGAAUUCAUACCAACCAACCGUGGCAAGGGCAUGAUGCUGAUCUACAAGGGCUACACCUAUACCCAUAUGACUCACAACACUCGUUGGUACUGUUCCAAGAAGGCAGGAGGGUGCAGGGCGCGACUUAAAACCACUUCGGAGGGGCAGCUAGUGCAAGUUCUAGAGAGUGAACAUAAUCAUCCACCCCCCAAUUUAUAUAGGGCUGCGAGUGGGAAAAUUAUUAAAGUGAUGCAAGUUAAAAAUAUAGACGUACAGUUAGAGAUCAUACCCAGCAAUCGCAGCAGUGGACAUCUCCUCGUGCACGAUGGAUACACUUUCGUGUCAAUGAAUAGCAAAACGAGAUGGUACUGUUCGAAGAAGAAGGUCGGAUGCAAGGCCAAACUGAUUGUUACUCCAGAGGGAAAGUUUGUUGAGAUGUUGGGGCACCAUGACCACUUGCCUCCAAACUUAUAUCGUGUGAAUGGGCAGGUCUUUAAAGUUUAAUAUAGUUAAACCACAGGUUAAACUCUAGAAUUAGCUCUCUUUAGAUUCGAAUUUCGAAGAACUAAUAAAAUAAUGUAUUUUUC